GCCGCCCUCGGGCAGAAAGGGCGUUUCUAGAGUGCCGCUGUCCUGCUCAAAUGGAAAGGCCGGAUGGCGUGCUUUAAGGGGCCUUUAUUCGGCCUGGCGUCCUCAUGAGAGCUCCUCAUGGAGCAGAAGGGUGAGGAGGAGGGACUGGUGGAGGGCAUCUUCAGCUGGUCGGCCGCAUGGUGCAUGAUGCUUUGGAUCAUCGCAUUGAUUCUCUCGGUGGGUAUGGGCCUGCUGACGUAUACAGGUGGUGGCAUCAUGCGAAUCUCAGAAGAGAUCUCCUUUAUUUGCGAUCAGCUGCCUCCCUAUGGCCCAGCGGAGCAGCCGUUGACGAACCAGGGCUUGAGGGAGAUCAAUGAGCCUUUCAGGUACCAUCUCCCCCAGUUGCCGCUUUACUUCGCACUCAGCUCCGCCAGCUUGGGACUUUUCAUGGUUUGCCUCUUCACCACGCUGAUGCUCUUGGAGUUGCAGGGGCAUCGCAGGAGUGUGGACAUCAGUUGGCUGAUCUCCAAGGGCGUCUCGGUCUACAUGAGCCGCACCUUGCCCUGCAUCACAGUCUUCCUCUUCGGCGGUGGCUGGUAUGUUUACGUGGCUUCGGGCUUCGGCACCCUGAUCUGCUUCAUUGCAGGUGCCACGCUGAACAUGGUGAGCGCCAAGGUGGGCGUGAACACCUGCAUGGCCAGCACUGCAAGGAUGGCCUAUGCGAUGGGGGAGGGUCUGGAGGUGUCGGUGACGCUGGGCAUGCGCAGUGGAGCCAUUGGAGGUUUGCUCAGCACCAGCUUAGGCCUAGGUGGCAUGGCCCUGAUGUGGCUGCUCACCUUAGACACCACCUCGCUUAGCGGCUUCGGCUCAGGCGCCUCGCUGGUGUCCUUCUACCUGCGCGUGGGGGGCGGGAUCUUCUCGAAGGGCGCGGAGAUUGGGGCGGACUUGGUGGGUGAGAUGUCUGAGAAGAAACUGGAUGAAGAGAGGCGGGUCUACGAGUUGCAGCAGCGGAUGGCGGAGAUGGAAGCGCUGCGCCUGGAGCGCCGCAAGAAGGGCCUCGACGAGUUGGAGGAAGACAUGAUGGACAAGCUACGGAUGAUGGAGGAGGAGAUGCAAGACAUUGCCUCCUCGCUCCAUCCCAUCGACUACCUGGACGCCGUCGGGGAGAACAUCUGCGACGUCAGCGGCACCUGCGCCGAUCUCUUCGAGUCGAUGGUCUUGAUCCUGAGCCUUUCGCUCAUCAUCGGUGCACGAGGCUCCGCCGUGCCCUACUUUUUCACCUCCUUACCUGUGUGGAUCGUGGCGGCAGGGAAUCUGGCCUGCGCCUGUGUUGCCCACCGCAGCCACGUGCGGAACCAUUUCACUUCGAGGCAGGUGCGCUGGUACAUGCGAUUGAACCUGCUCUUCGUCAUUGUCUUUGUGCAACUCGUGCAGAUUCUUGUGAGCUACUUUGAGUACUCGGCGCAGGGGAUCAGCUUCGAGGACUUCUGGCAGCUCACGGUGAUCUCCAUCAUGGGGCAGGUGGCGCCGGAAAUUUGCGUGGUCUCUGGAGAGAUUUUCACUGGCAUCGAAUAUUGGCCAGUGAGGACUUUGGCGCAAAACGCUCACCUGGGCGUGGUGCAGGUGGUUCUGCAGGGUCUGGGGCAAGGCUUCAUGUCCACGAUUCUGCCGGCGGCGGUGGUGAUUGUGAUGACGAUGCUCACCUGGGGCUUCCAAGGCCCCAGUGGUCUGGCGAUCUUGGCGGCGAGCUCGGUGAGCGGCACCGGUUUCCAAGGUGGUAUCGCCUCGUUUGGCGCCAUUGCCACGAACGCGCAGAAGAUCGUCCACCUCACCACGUACCAUUCGAUGACCCGACAUCGCGCCAAUUUGUGCGCGCAACUGGGGGAUUGCACCGCGCAUGCGGGGAAUACCAUCUCGGUGGUGAAUGCCUUCAGCGCAGUCUUCAACGUGAACUUGACCUUGCUCGCUGAGACCUUCACCCGACGAGGGAUCGACUACCAGGCCGUGGCCGGCUCGCCCCUGUCCGAGUGGAGUCAGGCAGGUCUGGUGCUUGGUGUGGCGAUGUCCUUCGUCUUUACGGCGAACACCACGAUGAGCUGCUUGGAGACCUCCAAAUCCUUCAUGCGCUUUUGCCAGGAUGCACCUGAGACCAACCGGCAAGCAGAGUUGCCCUUUCCCAGUUCGCACUACAAGGCCUUGAAGAUCCUCUCCUCCUACGGCACCGUCACCUCCAUGCGCAUGGUCUUCAACCCGCUGAUCAACACGUUGGUGUGUCCUAUGUUGGGCGGCUUCUUCUUGGGCACUCGCGGCCUGAUGUUCUUGCUCUCAGGCUCCAAUGUGCUGAUCUUGUGCUUCUCGAGCUUCUUGAUGAAUGCCGGGCAGAGCUGGUUCUCAGCCCGAAGGUUUAUCCUCUACGGCCUUCUGAAGGAUGAGCACGGGAAGUCCAUCGGCCCUGAUUCCCAGCAGUUCCGAGAUCUGGGAGUGGGCGAGAUGAUCGGCGGUCCCUUCGAGGACACAAGUGGGCCUGCCUUGAACAACUUCAUCAAGUUGGUUGGGGUCUUUGCUCUGGUCACCAGCGAUCUUUACGACCCCACGCCGGAAGAGACUUGGAUCUAUGGAUGCGUGGCAGCGGUGGCCUCGAUCGCCUCCAUUUUCUUGUCGCGUUACGGUCUCUCCUUGGUGCUCACCUGCAUCACGGCCUUCUUGCGGCAACGCCAAGUACAGCGAGAACACAUGGAGGCUGCUGCUGAGCCAGAUGAGGAGGAGCUUGCCGCUUUGGCAGAUGACUGACGAGGAGACCGCAGUGCUGGCAUGGUACUUGAAAGCGAAAAGGGGAAUGCCGGAAUGCCAUCGAUGGCUUGUGAUGGCGGGGGCCAGUUUGUGAUGCGGGUGUGGACUUGGUACGGUUCCGAUGUAUGGGACAUAAUCAAUCCUCUGCUUGCACCCGCUAUGCUUGCCGCACCCCUAGCGGUUUUGGCGGCAGAGGCUCUGGGCCUUCCAACCGAG